AGUGUUCAUUCGACAACGUAAUCUGAAAGGUUGAAUAAAAUGUGGAAUAAAACAUUCAUCAGCAUAAUUUUGUCGGUGCUUAUUGCAAAUGUGAAUUGUGAUGGAGAAAUAUUCUGUAAAAAUGAAAAUAAAACUGCAAUAAUUAAACGAUUUAAUCACAGUUCACCUCUCGGUUAUUAUGAAGAAGAAGUUUCAAAUUGUCUUAUGGAAAAUUCUAAAAAAAUUGCAAUGGAACAAUUAACAGCAGAACCCGAAAAUCAUUCAAUCAAAUCUUUUGAGAUUGACUCACAUAGAGUUAACGAGCCAUGGGGUUUCAACAGUAAUUACUUUACACUGCCUGAUAAUAUUUCGUUAAUCUUUCCUGAUUUAAUAAAAUACAAAGUUGGCUAUUCUAAAGUCAAACAUAUCUAUCAAAACAAUUUUCGUGGCUUUACAAAGUUAGAAGAGUUGGAUUUAAAAGGCAACGAGAUAAUUAAAAUUCGAAAAGGACUCUUUAAUGAUUUGACAUCGUUGAUAGUUCUCGUCCUGGCUGCUAACGACAUCCAAUAUACUCAAAAUGAAGCUUUCAUUGACUUGGUUAAUUUAAAAAUUCUGGACUUGAGUACAAAUUUGUUAUCAAAAAUCGAACGAACAUGUCUGAAAGGAUUGAUAUCGUUGGAGACUCUUGACCUUUCACAAAAUUUCAUAGAAACCAUCGAUGGAAACGCUUUUGAAGAUCUAAAGAACUUGAAAACGUUGAAAUUAGAAGUCAAUGAGUUGAGACAACUAAACCGAGGUCUUUUUGACAAUUCAAAGUCACUGGUUUAUCUGAGUCUUAAUCGCAACUACAUCAGAGUUAUUGACGAGAAUGCUUUUGUUGAUUUACAAAACUUAAGAACUGUCAACUUUCUUUUCGCAAAGCAAUCUCAAAAUUGCAUCAAGAAAGAUUUUGAAAGUCAAGAAGCGAUGGUCGAGUUGAAUUUACUUGUCCGAUCCAAUUGCACUGGUUCAUUGAGACCUGUAUCCGAUAAGACUUAAAAAAUUGUCCAUUUGUAGAUGAUUUUUUGUGAGAAAUAAAAUUCAGAAACCCACA